AUGUUCGUGGGCAUUGUCGUCAUCUUUGUUGUAUCGUGGGCCGCGGCUCAGGAACAUGCAUUGAGCACAGUGUCUCCACAAAACUCUCAACCGUUCCCAUUUUUGGAUUUGCUUACGGAUUCGUCGAAUUACUAUCCCGAUAUUCGAAAAACGUACUCCGAUACCGGUUAUCACGCUUCAUGUCCAAAAACAGAUACGCUCGCAUCGUUCGCCAGUGUUCUAUCGAGCGCCGCUAAAAUAGUGCUAUCAGCUGCAAUUAUAAUGUUAGUGAAGUUAUUAGCUGGAAAAUUGUUAUUGUUGCCCAUAAUAGUAAUGGUUAUUGCCAAAUUGGGUUUGAAAACUCUGUUACUGUGGCCACUCAUAACGAAAAUGAUUAAAUAUUUUAAGAAGCAAAAAAAGGGCUUAAAAUCAAGAGUUAUAACGGAUUGCUCACAAAGAUUCGCCUGUGUGAUUCAGAAGUCUUCCCAGACGGGUUGGAGUAGUAAUAUUGGUGCUGCGAUAGCGUUUUCUCUAAUAGACGACAUAGAAGAAGAUAGUGCGUUCGCUAAAAGCGUACUCAGCAUGUUAGCUGGAGACAAGGUCGCAAAAUGUAUGUCAGUGGAAUGUACUACCGGUGUCGACAUUAGCUGA